GCACCCGCACCACGGCUAUUGCGACCUUACGCGGCGCACAUCAGCCAAGCUCGACGUCGUCCUCUUUUGUUCCCAUUUUCCCUCUUUUUUCCCUCCCUCUUCUCCCUAGCGCCGUCAUCCUCCCCAUACCUAUAUGGCUUCUCUCACGUCAAAGUUCGCCAAUCUGAACCCUUUCUCCAAGUCGGCCCCCGAGGAUGAUGAGGAGCUCGGCGAUGCGACCGACAACACCACCCUUGCCGGCGGUGGCCACGCCGCCCGUGACUCGGAACUGAAGCACCGCCUCCGCGUGAGUCGUGCUCUCCGCUCCUUUCUCGUCGACCAAGGGGUCAUCUCGUCCAGCGACGCAAAUCUCAGCUCGGAUCACCCCAGCCCGGCGCUGCAGGCCCUCGUCGACAAGCCUCACAUAAUCGUGCCACGCGAGCUCACAGACAGGUCUCACCCGCUUCCCGAGUACUUCAUCAGCUCCAGCCACAACACCUACCUCUUGGCCCAUCAGCUCUUUGGAGACUCCUCGGCAGAGGCCUACAGCGAGACGUUGCACGCUGGCGCGCGCUGUGUCGAGAUCGACGCCUGGGACAACCCCGACAACAAAGACGAGCCUAAGGUCACCCACGGCUACACCUUGGUCUCCAACAUCCCCUUCCGGACCGUCUGUGAGACCAUCCGCGACGUCGUCGACCAAGAAGCCAAGGCGCCCGAGCCCGCCGCACCCAUUCUGCUGUCCCUGGAAAACCACUGCGACCCGGAAGGCCAGCUACGCCUGGUCCAGAUCAUGAGAGGCGUCUUCGGGGACCGCCUUCUUAGUCGAACCGUGCGAGAAAAGGGCCACGCCGAGCAAGACGGCCAGGGCGACCACGUCCGUCUGGAAGAGCUGGGCAGCAAGAUUGUCGUCAUCGUCGAGUACCACUUCCCCGGCGAGCCCGAUGACAGCAGCUCUAGCUCAAGCGACAGUGACGACGAAGAGGAGAAAAAGGCCCGCCACGAUUACAAGGCCAAAAAGAAGGAAGUCCCUCCUUCCCUCAUCAUCCCGGAGCUGGAAGAGCUCGGCGUCUACGCCCAGUCCGUCAAACCCGUCAACAACUCUUGGUAUGAAGAGGUUCUACAGGACGCACCCCACCACCACCUGAUCAACGUUUCCGAGUCCGGCCUGGCCUCCCAUCUGCCCGAGGCCACCCACAAGAUCUCCCGCCACAACGCCCACCACCUCAUGCGCGUCUUCCCCAAGGGCACCCGCAUCUCGUCCAAGAACCUACACCCCGUCCCUUUUUGGGGCGUGGGCGCCCAAAUCUGCGCCCUCAACUGGCAAACCUUUGGCGCUUCGAUGCAGAUCAACGAAGCCCUGUUCAGCGGCUCCGAAGGUUACGUCCUCAAGCCCGCCGAGCUCCGGGCCGGCGGCUCGGGCAGGCUCGGCAACGGCACCAAGAAGAAGCUCCGGCUCCACGUCGGCGGCGCGACGGACGUUCCUAUACCCUCCGGCCGCGACGACGACGAGACCAUCCGGCCUUACCUCACUUGCACGCUCGUCCACCCCCACGACCUGGCGAUUAACCCCCCUAAGAGGAAGACAGCCGGGUACAAGCAGCAUAAGCUCACCGGCUUCCUCCACAAGGGCGAGAACCCCCCGCCCACCGACCCCUUGUGGAACGAGGUACUGGAGUGGGAGUACCAGGACAACGAGAUGGUCUUCCUGCGGAUGCUUGUGAAGAGCGACGACAGCUUUUCGAAAAACCCCAUCUUGGCCGUCGGGGCGGUGCGGCUGCUCUACACCAUUCCCGGCUGGGUCUUCAUCCGCAUGCUAGAUCUGAAGGGAAGGGAGACCAAGUGCUCCAUCCUGGUCAGGUUUGAAUUCGUGGACGCGUGAUGACGGGUACGGACGAGGUCUCCUUAUUGACGAUUAUCACGACUAUUCCUCCUGGCGGUUUCGUAACUCUAGUACAUGCCUCUCAAUCGCCGUAUCCAACUCUUCCAUAGCGUCGCGUGAUUGAUGUCACAGUUCGGAAACGAAUCUUUGAUGAGACGGCGCGUGUACGUCAGUUUUAUCAUGCUUCAUCAAAGGCCUUCCCUCUUCGCACACCUUGCAAUCUCCUCAUAUGACUGCAGCCCACCACCCAACUCCGUCUCGGAUCGUGAUUCUCCCACCCGCAAUGCUACUCCUCGUCGACCCCACACCCGACGACAGCAGGGUCAUCGUCUCGACGCUCGAACACCCAAGCGCGCGGCCGAACACAUAGUGAUUCCCCCAGAGCAGUGAGACGGCGUAGCACACUAGCGUGAGCUCGCAGUACAGACAGGUCGGCGCGCCACGGAACCACAGCGCCUCGCCUUCCACAACAUCGUAGGCCGGCGAGUACGCCGCCGCGAACUCAGCGGCGAAGGAGAAAUCGACGUGGAAGCAGGCGCUGCGCCUUUACUGAGUCGACGUUGCGCAUGAGAUAUAUGACGGAGACGACGGCGAUGCGGCCGAGGGCGUUCACGAGGGAACAGACCGCAACGCCUGACUCCUGGAGUGUCAGGCCGGUUGUGAGGUAGAAGAGCUGCCGGAAGAUGAGUCUCGCGUUGAAUGUCCGGGCCCUUUGGAGCCAAAGUGGUGUAAGAGCUUGAAGACGGGGAUCGGCAUCGGGAUAAAGCUGUCUCGUCAGUCGGCCAGUACGUCCUUCGAGCGCGAACUCUGUGGAGUGUGUGACGGACGAAGCACCGGGAAACGUAAUCAAACACGGGAACGGCAUGAUGCGACCUUGGACGGCGAUGGUCGGGACCCUGAUGAUGUUAUUUGCCGCAAAGCACAAGGCUGUGAGGACGACGGAGCUGAGAUACCGUCAACAUCGGUGCCGUUGGCCGCUUUUGGAUACAUGG